AUGAAGGACCGCGCGCUUCUCUCUGCCGAAGAAGAGAAGAAGCUCUUGCGCCGCGUCGACUUCCGCUUAAUGAUCUUGUGCGCUAUCAUCUUUAUGAUCAAGAACAUCGAUUCGAACAAUGUCGCAAAUGCCAGAAUCAUGAACAAAGGCACCCCUCGGAACAUCAUGACGCAGCUCAAAAUGACUGCUGAUGACUAUAACUGGGUCAGCACAAUUUACAACGUAACUUGGGGAAUUGUUUUGGCUUGCCAUGCUGCCGUUACAUCUAGUGCUGGCCUCCUGACCGCCCGCUUCUUCCUUGGUCUUGCCGAGUCUGGCAUGUUUCCAGGGAUCAUUCUACAAAUGAGCUACUGGUACCGCGCCGAUGAGAUGACUCCUCGGCUUUUGAUUUUCUGUACCGGCAUGAACGGGCGACAUGGCUUGUCUGGCUGGCAAUGGUUCUUUCUAGUUGAGGGUGUGAUUACGAUUGGCUUCGGCGUUUUGCUUCUCUUCAUCUUCCCUGAUUUUCCCGCGCAGGCCAAAUGGCUGACCGACAAGGAGAAGCGAUUCCUCCAAGCUCGCCUACCACCAAACGCCCCUCGCUCUUCCGAGAGCAAUUUCAAGGCGAGUGAGAUCUGGGAUACCAUGAAGGACCAGCGCCUCUGGUGGUUCGCGUUCAUCUGGGCUACCAAGACGAUUGGUAGCACUGGUCUUUCGUUCUACUUGCCGACCAUCGUCGCCAGUCUGGGACUUGCUUCCAUCGCCGAAAGCCAGCUGCUCACCAUCCCAUCCUCGGUUCUAGCCAUUAUCCUCAUUGGCAUCAGCGGUUACUUGACUAAUUCUUUGGCUGUGCCGUACCCCCUCGUGGCACUGGUGUACCUGGUCUCUAAUUUAGCGUGCUACGGCGUUAUGGUCGCAUACCCGAACAACGGAGGCGCGUAUGCUGCUACGCUAAUUGCCGCGGGUGUCUCGCUGGCCUGGUUCGCUACCAUGUGGCCAUGGCGUCUUCAGACGACGUUCAGGGCAACGGGUUCGGCCUUUGCUAUCGCAUGGGUAAACGCCCUUGGUGGAAUUGGUACUAUUGUUGGUCCCCAGAUCUUUCGCUCUAAGUACGCACCCGAGUACACAGUGUCGUUCGCGGUCGCCAUGGGCAUGACAGGCGCGUGCAUCCUCGCCAUCUGCUGGACUUGGUGGAUUACAAGGGAGACGGAGAGGCAGACCCGUCACUUGAGAAAGAGACGUCUCGCCGCCCACAAAACUAACGAGGUCAUCUUGGAUGAUGUUGACAUCGACGCUGACUUCAAAACACCGAAGGUGCACACUUAG